UUUUCUUUGCGAGAGAGCCGUUAUAAGAGAACAAAACAGAACAGAGAAUCCAGAAAGAAAGAAGAAGAAGAGGAAACUAGAAAUGGCCACCAACAUCGGGAUCAUGGAUGCGGCCUACUUCGUCGGCAGAUCUGAGAUUCUUUCAUGGAUCAACUCAACUCUUCAACUCAGUCUCUCCAAAGUCGAAGAGGCUUGUUCCGGUGCGGUUCACUGCCAGCUUCUUGAUGCCGCUCAUCCAGGGAUCGUGCCUAUGCACAAAGUCAAUUUCGACGCAAAGAACGAGUACGAGAUGAUUCAGAACUACAAGGUCCUUCAAGAUGUCUUCAACAAACUCAAAAUCACCAAGCACAUCGAGGUCAGCAAGCUCGUGAAAGGAAGGCCACUGGAUAACCUGGAGUUCAUGCAAUGGAUGAAAAGAUACUGCGAUUCCGUCAAUUCAGGACUUCAGCACAGUUAUAAUCCUAUGGAGAGGAGAGAGGUUUGCAAGGGAGGAAGAGAAACCAGCAAGAAAGCUGUAAACUCUCAAUCCUCAACCAAGGGUUCUGCUGCACAGAGACCUCAGUCUUCUCAUAAUGCUCGAAGAAAUGAGGUUUCUAAUGCAAACCCUACAAAUCACGCUGCAAAGGUUACCAAACCUUCUGCUGGUGGAGGCCCUGUGUAUGAAGAAAAGAUAACAGAGUUGAAGUUAUCCAUUGAUAGCCUUGAGAAGGAACGGGAUUUCUACUUUGCGAAACUGAGAGAUAUUGAGAUACUGUGCCAGACUCCUGAGAUAGAACACUCACUGAUUGUUGGGGCGAUACAGAAGAUAUUAUAUGCUACAGAUGACGAUGGAACGGCUGUGGCUGAAGCUCAAGCUAUGAUUUCUGUUGGUCACAAGGAAAUUGAGGGAUUGAGCCCCAUUGCUGAGGUUUCGGAGGAGAAAUGCAGUUCAGAAACUCAUAAGAGGAAGAAUAUUGCGAAUAUUGAUUUUGAUGUUGCUGGCAUCGCAAAUUUGUCUCCCAGACAGAGGCUUUCUGAUGUUUCAGAUGUUCACUGUAGCGAGUCACCUCUUAUGACUUGUUAAGGAGGGAUGUGUCACCUUAUGUUGUUAAUUAAAUUAGCAACUUGUUAAAUUGUUUUGGUCACAGUAAUUCCUGUUUCAUGUUUGAAUUGACAGGGAUAAUAUAAUGAUUAGGGGUUCUUCUAGGGAGACAAUUCUGUUAUCAACUUAUCGUUUAUGAAUAUGAUAUAUCAGCCCAGAGAAAUGUGUUCAUGAUUUAGAUAUCUUUUGCUUUA